GUGUGUGUGUGUCCCUGGCCAGUCUUUUCUCUGGGAGACACUCCGUGUUUGAAACGCUCGUGCACAGACAGAGAGAUCUCCACACGCACACGAAUGCGUCCGAACGUCGCCUGCAAGACCAGUGGCCUUGCGGGGGUAAAUGCAGCGCUGUGUCCCUUGCAAUCUCGUAGGUGGCGAUGGCGGCUUGGAGGGGCUAGGAGGCCCAGGAGUGCCACUCGGGAGCCCUGACAAGAAGAAGCGCAAGGCCGCAGCUCAGGGCUCCUGCUUUCCGCCGCCAUCCGAAUAUGCUCCACCGCCAAAUCCCAGCGCGGAUCACUUGGUAGCAGCUAACCCGUUUGACGAUAACUACAACACCGUUUGCUACAAACCGCUCCCGUCGGGAAAUCCUUAUUUCGCGAAUCCCAGUUACCCCGGCUUUGGCGGCUACAACACCUUCAGGAUGCCGCCUCACCUGCUCACCAGGAUGUCCUCGCAGUACGGGGCUUCCUACCCGCUCCGCGGUCAGCCCCACCCGUUCCCGCAGAACCCGGUGGGCGUGGUCUUCAGCCGGCCUCAGGCGAUGAACUUUGGGCCCCACGAGAACGUGGGCUUCGGAAACCAGCCGUCGUACCACAGCGGUGUGAGCCAGAACAUCGCGAUGCCCGGCCAGCACUUCCGACCAAUCCCCGGGGAGAACUUUGGUCACAUGCCCUCCCAGAACACGACCCAGGUGCUGCACCACGAAAUGCCGCUGCAUUUUGUGCCUGGAAACAACCCCAGUUUUAACAGUUCCCCGAUGGAGGCCAACCCUCCGUAUGGGCCACUGCCCAACAACUACAGCCAGAGCAAGCCGAUGCAGAAACCCGGCCCCAACAAGCAUGGCCCCCCUCCCGCCCAGCACCACCAGCACGGCACAGACGAGGCGGGGAACGCGGACCUGAAACCCGCCGCCCGGCACGCGCCUGCCGGCCUGAAGAGCCACCCCCCCAAGCCUGCCGAAGCCUUGAACAGCGGCCAUGCCAACGGGACUCAGAACAAGCCCCCCCUGCCCCGUGGCCCAGCCGAAGGGGGUGGGCCCGAGAAGGGCGGCCAGCUCCCGCUGCACCCCGCCCCGCACGGCCCCCCGCCCUCCGAGCCGGUCUACCCCUGCGGGAUCUGCACACACGAGGUCAACGACGACCAGGAUGCCAUCUUGUGUGAGGCUGCCUGCCAGAAGUGGUUCCAUCGGAUCUGCACGGGCAUGACGGAGUCGGCGUACGGCCUGCUCACGGCGGAAGCCUCCGCCGUCUGGGGCUGCGACACUUGCAUGGCUGACAAGGACGUGCAGCUGAUGCGCACCAGGGAGACCGGAGGGCCGCCCGUCUCGAGCUCCGAGGCCUGAGGGCCGGGAUGUCCCGAGUGAGCGGAGGCGUGCCUUGCGGAGAGCCGGGGGCUCGUCGGCUCCCUUCCCAGCGGGGGCGGUCGCUCUUGCUCUCUGCUCCCCGCCUGGGCGCCGGGCUCUCUUCUCCCGCCUGUGUUUCCAUCCGGAGAACUCCACGUUAGCCCUCAAGGUGCCACAGGACUCCUCUUCCGCUUUGUUUUCUAAGUGCUCGCUCUACGAUGGUGACCAGCGAUCGAUUGCCACGUCCUGGCUGUAUGCCCCUAGGCCCUGUUGCUACCAAUGGCUCCAGGAGGCCUUCCUGGCUGCGGCUGCUGCGGUGGAGGCCGGCCAGGGUGGCCCGCGGUGGGCCUUUGGAUUGUAGCUGCCUUGGAGGAGUGCAUUAGUUCUGUCCUCUCUUGUGAAGGGUUCUUUCUUUUCUAACAUUUCCGAGGCAGCGAGCAAAAUCAAGCAAUAUUUAUUGUAAGACGAUCACCAGGAAUGUGCAGUGACUUGUGUCCUAGCUGAAGCCGUCAAGUGAUAUUAACCUUGAGUAGUGUUAGGGUUAGUGCAGAAAUUCAGUAUCCCCCCCCCCCAGUGUCUGUUUCAGAGCAUAGCCUUAGUGGGCUUAUGAAGGAUCCCCAUCAUUCAAGUGUGUCAGUUGCUAGUGACUUCUGAAGCCCCUGC